GAUCAUUUAUUCAUUGGCAUGCCAUUGCCAUGACUUCUUCUGCUUCAAAAUUAACAUAAGAUACUUCAAACUAAGAUUAUCCCCUCUACAAAGAUCUUCCAUUUAUAGCCAUGUCUUUGGUACCUAUUGUUCCUGUAUUAUUUGAUUUAUCCACUUCCUGAAAGAACUAAUAUAUAUAUUCAGCACAUAACUGAUAUAAAGACAGAGUCACAGCUCAUCUUUAUUCUCAAUCAAAUACUUACAGACAUGACACCUCCAGCAAAUGUCCAGUUGCCCUUUUCUUUUCUUGUCUUCUAUUGCUGAUUCCCUUGUCUGCCCAUUCCCCGUUCCUCUCACAUUAAUUUGAAUCAGCCAUUCAUAAAAUUUCUUCGAAUUCUAUACUUUCUUGAUAUCGUGUCUUAUAUUGGAGGUGAACAGUUUUGUCCCUCUGCCGUCUUCAAUUUUGUCAAAAACCGACGGUCGGUGGUCUAGUUUAUGGUAAAAUGAAGGACUUUCCUUCUUGUUUUGGUGAGAGUGGAGUCCAAGUUGCUGAUUCUUCAUCGACGAGUACCAAUAGAGCUGCAGCUCAGAAUCUUGUUACAUGUGUGUACCAGUAUCAGUCUCAGGGCUUUUCUGGAUUCAUCACAGUUACAUGGAUCAAGUAUCUGAUGGGCCAAGGGCUUAGCAUUGGAGUAGAAAAUUCAAGAAAGGAAUCCAUAUGCAAAGUUGAUGUCAAACCAUGGUUGUUUUCCAAGAGGAAAGGCUUCAAAAACUUGGCGCUGGAUUCUACAACAGUCGAUGUUCAUUGGGAUUUAUCGUCUGCUAAGUUUGGUUCCGGCCCUGAACCGUUGGAGGGAUUCUAUCUAGCAGUUUCCCUCAAUCAAGAACUCUGCUUGCUUCUUGGAGACUUAGAGCACGAGGCCUGCAAAAGGGUUGAUUCGAUCUCAAUCCCCGUUGUUCAAAGAGCCACUUUUGUUGCUAAAAGAGAACACAUCUUUGGGAAGAGAUUGUACAGUUCAAAGGCGCAGUUUUGUGACAAUGGAAAGUUACAUGACAUAAGAAUCGAAUAUGAUCCAACUGAAAGUUUCGACAAGUGCCUAGUGAUCUACAUCGACAGCAAGGCCGUUUUGCAGGUUACACACCUUAAGUGGAAGUUCAGAGGCAACCAGACUAUUCUGGUGGAUGGGAUUUCAGUGGAAAUCUAUUGGGAUGUUCAUAGCUGGCUUUUUGGUACUCUUGACGGCAACGCAAUCUUCUUGUUUAGAAGCCGUCUCCCCGGAGAUAAGUCAUGGAGUGAUCGGUCCCCGGCCCGGCUGCCCUCUGAUCUGAGCUGUCCAGGUUUGCAGAGAAGCAAAGAUAUAGAUUUACAAGAUCAUGGUUUUA